AUGUUCAAAGUAGCCAGAAAAGGUCCCGGAAUGGGAACAGAAGAGGAGAAAGAGGUGAGGAGAAGAAGAGGGGAAGAUAAAAAGGCGCGAGGAGAAGCAGGCCGCCUGCGCGGGAAGUGGGCGGAGACCUCGGCGCCGCGAUCCGGCUCAGGGGCCAUCUUGGGCGAGUCUUGUGGCUGCUGCGUCGCCCGCGUCUUCUCAACAAUGGAGAACGCACAAGGCCAGGAGUGGAACUCCACAGAGGCCAGAGAAAAAUGUGGGAAUUACAGUGUUAACCACACAUCCGCAGAAACUUCUUUGUUAGAGGAUCAGCAUGCUGCAAGUCAACACAAUGCACCUGCUGUACCAGGAACCUCAGCAAAAGGGACCAAACGAAAAAAAUCCAUCAGUGGUAACAAAGAGUUCUGCCCCAAAAAGAAAGCAGAAUGUAGUGACAUGCCAAAACCUCAGAAGAAGGUGCUGCCUAUUCCUCCAAUACCCGAUGAACUGCCACCAAUUAAUCUGCUUCACCGGGACACUGUACGGGCCUGGUGCCAGCAAUUACACCUGAGCACCAAAGGCCAGAAACUGGAAGUAUAUAAACGAUUAUGCACACAUGCCUUUCCGAAUCAAAAGGAUAUUCCUAGCACAGCAAAAGAGGCCAAGAUCCAGAAAACACUUAAAAAAAAGUUAAAGGUGGAAAAGAAAGAAAUGUCCCCAGAAGAUGCUGAGCAAAGGAUGUGUUCUCAGGGUACUGAUCCUCCUGCAGUAGUUCUCACUCCUGGAUUAGGUUCUCCCCCUGAAGAAGGGGGUUUGCCUGUCUUGGAGUCUGCUUCUCUUCUUGAGGGAGUUAAUACAGUUGUUGUGACAACUUCUGCCCCAGAGACUGUGUUGGCCUCCUGGGCCAGAAUUGCAGCAAGGGCCGGGUCAUCCACAGAGGCAGUGGAAUCUCCGAAGAAGGACUGUGAUGUCAGAUGGUGCGUAGUCCAUGGGAAGAGUCUACCUGCAGACACAGAUGGUUGGGUUCACCUGCAGUUUCAUGCAGGACAAGCCUGGGUUCCCGAAAAGAAGGCAGGGAAAGUAAGCGCACUCUUCCUGCUUCCUGCCUGCAAUUUUCCACCCCCACAUCUUGAAGAUAACAUGUUGUGCCCCAAAUGCGUCCACAGGAACAAGGCCUUAAUAAAAAGUCUCCGGUGGGAAUGAAGUCCUGAAAAGGGGGUAUAUACAUCUCUGAUUGGAAUUGAUGGCAGAAAUGCUCAGCAGUCGAUUACAUGGUGCUACUGACAGCUGAACGCUGGUCCUCUUCACAUGUGUUCA